AUGGCCAAAGCACAAUGGGGUCUAAACCCUGAUAUACUCAGAACCAUCUUCUACACGGUGGUCGAACCCACAAUACUCUAUGCGGCAGGAGCCUGGGGAAGCAUCGCAGCUAGAGUAUACGCUAAGAAGAGGCUGGACAGCGUGACCAGAGCCUUCGCAAUAAAAAUAUCAAAGGCACACCGAACGGUUUCAUUAAUAUCUUCCGCGACAAUGGCGCGGAUACUCCCUCUGGACCUGCGAUUAAGCGAGCAACUCGAACUCUACGAGAUAAAAAGAGGCAAGCCGAUGUCCCAGCUUCCGGGAAGGGAGCUCCAGAUUAGGGUACACCCGUCAACCUUACCCCACCCGGCUAGGAGGAGAAGAUGGGAAUUCAGCUGGGUGACUGAAGCUGAACAGAUCGAGACUUCAGAGGCUUGGAACUACUACACAGACGGAAGUAAAAUUGAGGGAAAGGUGGGGGCAGCUGUCUCAGUGUGGGAGGGCGAUGAGGAGAUACAACACGCUAGUUUUCGCCUGGAGAAUUAUUGUACGGUCUUCCAGGCGGAGAUGAUGGCGCUCCACAAGGCAACUGACAUGGUGCUAAAGAGUAACAGGACUGCGACGAUACACAGUGAUUCUAGAGCGGCAUUGCAAGCAGUAAGCAACCCUAACACGUUAAACCCGAUCGCAGUGGAGAUCAGAGGAAAAAUAGAAGCCGCUAAAGAAAAAGGAAGGCCGGUCCAGCUAAAAUGGAUAAAGGCACACGUAGGGUUGGCGGGAAAUGAAAGGGCGGAUGAGCUGGCGAAACAGGCGGCCCUCCACAACAAGAGAGCCCCGGCAUACGACAAGUUUCCCAUCUCUUAUGCCAAGAAAACUAUUAGAGCCCUCACCAUAGAAAAAUGGCAAAACAGAUAUGAGACGGCAGAGCAAGGGGCGGGGACACGACUAUUCUUUGACAGUGUGAGGACGUCAAACAAGGUAAUGGGCAAAAUAGUAAGCAGCAACAUUAUAGCACAGAUGCUUACUGGGCACGGCGGUUUCAAGCAGUACCUCCACAGGUUCAAAUUGGCCAACGAUCCCUUUUGUCCUUGCGACGGGUCAUCAGAGGAGACCGUAACCCACAUCCUAAUAGAAUGCACAAGGUUCGAAAACGAAAGAUGGCAGUGUGAGAUGAACACGGACACCAGACUGACUCAACGCAGUCUCAAGCAGUUAAUGGCAGAUGACAAAACCCGAGGGCAUCUCUUGAAGUUUUCGCUGAAGGUGCUAAAGGCGGCGGCGAGGGCAAAUGGUUCUACGGCUCUCUAG